AUGUUGGAGUUUACCACGGUGGACAAGAGGAUCGCCUCCCUACACCCUUGGGUUAUUGGGGGGAAAACUCUGAAGGUUGUCUAUGCAUAUGCACCGAACAGGAGUUCGGAGUAUCCAGCCUUCUUGAAGACCCUGAAUGGAGUCCUUCAUGGGGAUCCAGUAGGGAACUCCAUAGUUCUGCUGGGAGACUUCAACACGCACAUGGGCAACAUUGGAGGCACCUGGAGUGGCGUGAUUGGGAGGAAUGGCCUCCGUGAUCUAAACCUGAGUGGUCGUUUGUUACUGCACUUCUGUGCUAGUCAUGGAAUGUCCAUAACGAACACGGUUUCAGAUUUAGAGGUACUGAUUCUCAUCCCAGCCGCUUCAAACUCGGCUGUGAACCGAUCCAUAUGUGUAUUAGUAUAUAUUUUUCUUGGCUUAAUAUCUGUUGCCACAAUAUUUGGAAACCAUCUUGUAAUAAUCUCCAUCAUGUACUUCAGACAGCUCCACAGCCCAACUAAUUACCUUAUUUUCUCUCUGGCUGUGGCCGACCUGCUUGUAGGAGUUUUAGUUUGUCCUGUCAGCAUGGCAUUCACUCUAACCACAUGUCUGUAUCAUGAAUAUGUAUUAUGUAUAAUUAGAGUAAGCUUUGAUAUAACACUGUGCACAUCUUCUAUUCUGCAUUUAUGUUGUAUUUCCAUAGACAGAUAUUGUGCUGUGUGUCAGCCUCUAACCUAUAGAACUAAAAUCAAUUUUCACGUUACUGUGAUCAUGUUCCUGGUGAGUUGGGGGAUUUCUGUUCUAAUUGGAAUUUGUAUCACAAUUGCAGGAUUCACCCAAGGAACAUGUGAAGAAAUGUGCUCAGUUGAUGUUAUAAUAGCAAACACUAUGGGACCUUUUCUCUCAUUUUACCUCCCAGCGAUCAUAAUGCUCUGUAUCUACCUGAAGAUUUUCCUUGUUGCUAAGAAACAGGUUAGCAACAUCCAGAACACAACUUGUCAGAGCACAAAGUCUGGAGCAACCGUCAGUAAGAUGGAGAGAAAGGCCAGCAAAACUCUGGCUAUUGUUAUGGGAGUUUUUCUUUUAUGUUUGACUCCUUACUUUCUUUGCAAUGUCUUUCAGACUUUAUCUUAUAAUCCCCCACCGGUUCCGGUGAUUGAAACACUCAUCUGGCUUGCUCUGUCAAAUUCAAUGUGGAAUCCAUUUAUUUAUGCUUUCUUUUACAGCUGGUUCAGAUCAGCUUUCAGAAUGAUCAUUUCUGGGAAAAUAUUUCAAGGUGAUUUUGCGAACUCAAAAGUCUUUUGA